CAAAACAAUCCAAACCCCUGAGAGAAUUUGAGAUACCUUCCCCAAAUUUUGCUUCUUCUUCCCUCUCUUUUCUCUCUGUGUUUCCCUCCAUGAAAUGGGACAUGGAGAUCGAGGAAAUCGAGGCCGUCCUCGAGAAAAUUUGGGACAUUCACGACAAGCUCAGCGAAGCCAUUCACUCAAUUUCCCGAGAUCACUUCCUCACCUCCACUAAGAAUCUCAGGAAAUCCCAAAACAAGGAUUCUAAGACCCCCAAUGGCGGUGCCGACGAUAACCCUUCUGCCGCCUUCCCGUUCCUUAAGGAAUUCCGGAUCGACAUUGACGACUCCGCGAUCCAGGAGGCCCGGAGUCUAAAUGCCAUCCGAACUGCGCUUGAGAACCUUGAAGAUCAGCUCGAGUUUCUCCACCAGACCGUACAAGUGCAACAGCAGGUUGAGAGAGAUGCUGCAAUUGCGAGACUCGAGCAGAGUAGAAUUGUUCUUGCAAUGAGAUUAGCUGAACAUCAUGGCAAGAACUACAAAGUCAUCAAUGAAGCUCUAGCAUUUGUUGGAGAUGUACGUUAUGAAGCUAACUUUGUUUCACAUGAAAAUCAAUAUGGUCCACCAUUUAGCCCGAAUGGUCAGAAGCUUAUGCCGAACAGUUCAAAGAGGUCUAAUACUCUGAUCAAGAUGCUAUUCUCAACUUUCAACUUUGCAAAGAAAUCUCUCAAAAUGGAUAAUGUGGGUGGGAUACUCAGCAAUGCUGCCAUGGUUGCAAUUAGCAUGCUUGCAUUUCUGCAUCUGCACCAGGUAGCAUUCAAGCAGUCAUCGCAGGAGAGAGACGAUAAUCCCUUCAACAGAAAUCUUCGAAGAACUUCUCAGCUUGAGGGAUCUUCCCCAAAUGAAGAUAUUGGCAACUUUGACGUGUUAUCUGCAAGGGGUUAGUGUGAAUAUAUGAAAUUAUAAAGCUUUGCUGCAUCUCUUAUCUCCUCCAUAUAUAUGUCAUCUGCGAAAGAGUCAAAUAUGAUCAUGUCUGUUGUAUGAAAAUUAUUCGAUUUAGUAGUUAGAAGUCUCUUCAUCAUGCUUGAGGUUGUCAUGUCUAUUGGCUAGAGAGUUUUAAAUCUUGUCCAUUGAAUUGUUCAACAAACCAACACUCAUGAUUGUAAUACUAAUACUUGUAGCUUGCCAAGGUUUUCUCUA